AUGGUCACGGAGGUGACAUGGGAAGGGCCGCGGGACGUUGUCUUUAGCAUGGAGGAUGUGAGGCCGAUGGGACUCGAUGACAUUGCGUCAGUUCUACCAGCUGCAGGACCAUUCCGAUGGACGGAAGAUGCCGAUGCUCCAGACCACUUUGUCGUUGAGAUGAUGCAGAUGCUCCAGCCUGCCUUCAGGGAGAAGUUGGUGCCACUCUUGGAGUCGCGGUUUCUCGGCUCCAGCCAUCCCUGUGAGAAGGACGUUGCAACACAUUGUCCUCGCCAUAAGACGCAUUUUCCUUUGCAUUGCUUAGGCCUCCAUGAGCAGCACGUGACCUCGGCCUGUGUGAAGGAAGUGCAGCACGCCGUGCCGUUCGUUUGCAGCAGAGAGGUUCACCAGUUCUGCAGUCACCACUCGCGAGGCCGGGCAGGCUUGCUCAGCUGUUUGGAGGAGCACGGGGUUCACCUCACCGGCAGAUGCGCUGACGCCGUGGUGGCAGCUCGUCAUGCGUUGGCAAGCCUGGAGUGGUCGCACAAACGGGCCUGCAGGCCUACACCAUUUGAAGUCUGCAACUCGAAUCGGGAGAUCCCUUCCGAGCUGCUCGCUGCAGUUUGGCGUCGGAUGCGCUUUCAGCACAAAGAUCACCGGGCUGUCUCCGGCAAGAGUCCCGACAUCUCAGCUCACCUUCUUGGUCAACGGCACUCCAGAAUUGCCCGGCGGUUUGGCAGACGAAGGGACUGGCUGGGAAGCUCUCUUCGCGCCGCCGGCAUCGCGGCGCUGUUGAUGCUUUCCAUCAGCUUGGCCGAUGUUAGCUCUGCCACUGACAAAAGCUCCUUUGAAGAGACGGUCGUUUCCACGAACCCCGUCGCAAUGACAGGUAGCCAGACACCGACCCCAGCCCCGACAGGCCCGAAGAGUCUCUUCGGACCCUUCUUGGACAGGUGGGCCACGGUCACAGUCGAUAGCGACACGGAGAACGAGUAUUGGGAGCUCGGUCCGUUCCGCUUCCUCCGGAAGGAGACAUCGGUGCUGGAGGUCGUCAUCAGCGGAUUCCUUGCUGGGUUCCUUGUGGAACUGAGCAACGCGCUUCUACUCCACCCGCUGGAUACCCUAAAAACGCGACUUCAGACAGGCCAGAGCCUUCUCCCUCCAGACCCUUCUCUUCUGUACGAGCGACUGUACGAUGGCUUUAUUCCAGUUCUGGCGACUGUUCCAGCGCUCUCAGUGUUUUGGGCAGUGAAGGAUGUCGUCCGAAGGAGCCUGAUAGGGAUGGUCAAAGCAACAUUGCCUCUGCCCGCGGCUGAUAUCUUGUCUUCAACUUUGGCAUCGGCAUGUGGAGAAGCUGCAUAUGUGGCGGUGAAGACACCCGGGCAGGUCUUAAAGAUCGAACAGCAGACAGCAGUCUUCGAUGAGGACCGACUGCGUCAGCGCUACUCCGAGCAAGACUUGUCCUACACCUCCAAGACCUUUCUCUGGGACUUUGGCCGCCUGUGGGAGGAGAGUUUAAGGAGCUUUCCCAUCCUUUGCGCCGUGGACGUCCCGCAAGUAGCACUGCGGACAGCGCUCUUCGUGAGUCUCCACGACUCCGGCUCCUUCCCUUCCGGUGCUGGGUCGGACAUUCUCGCCUUCACCAUGGCUUCUGCAAUCGCCUCCGUUGUGUGCACGCCGCUGGAUGUUGCUCGCACUCAACUGGUCCUGGGUGGAAAAGGCAUCCAGCGCCUGCCAUCCACGCUCUGGGACAUCCACGACCGCCAGGGUGUUGCUGGACUGCUUGCGGGCUGGCUUCCGCGGCUCCUUUGGAACGGCCUCAUUGUGGGAGCUGUUCUUGGACUUUGCAGGCUGCAGUACGAGGACGCCCGUGCCAUUUUCUUAGUGGACGUUCUCGAUCGCUUCGAGAACGUCGCGGCUGCGGCUGGUCAUCACAAGGUACUCGAUCACGCAGGUCAUCCAGCGCAUCAUUCACAUCCCCACGGCCACAACAGCCACAACCAUGCGGCUGGUGACCGUUGCCUUCCCGGUUGGGACGGCCCCAAGGCUGCUGGGUGUUGCAUACGACGCUGGUCGCCACAUUGUGGUCUCUCCUGCAGUGUUUCAGAGUGCAACGCCGAUCGUGGAUGGGAGUUCAGGUGGGCCGACUUCAGGACUCAUCCUUACAUCUGCUGCCCGAAGGUCGCACGCCGUUCAGAAUACCUGGGUGGGCAGAAGAUCUGCCCCGAAGGCUGGAAGGUGGAAGAGCACGGUCAUGGCCACUGUUGCCGAAAGCCCUGGACAUGGGAUUGUGGCGAACACUGUGCGCACGAGCAGUGCAAAGACAACAUUGCUCUGGCCUGGCAUCCUGUUGAUGACAAGACCGAGGAGUACAAGUGUUGUCCAGAGAUGCCGGCAGGGAUCAAAGUGGAAGGAAGCUUUGAGAAGGUCGAAGAGGCAGUAAAGCGCGGUGAUGCCGCACUGUCUGAGAUUGACGCCAUGGGCUCUUCUUGGGUUGCCAGGCCCCUGGACUUGUCCACCCUGACACGCGUGCAGGUUACAGCCGUUGGCGGAGUCCUUGCCACGGUCUUGAUGGUCCUGUGUAUCUGCAGCAGCCAGAGGGUAUCGCCGAAGCGUACGCAUGAGCACAAGGACCAUUGA